UCGAAAAGUUUAGAUACUAAAUUAAAAAAACAACAAAUAUACAGAUGCUAAAAUACAAUUUACAACAAUGAUUGUAUCCGACCCAUAAAUCUACCAAUCGAGAAGAGUGGACAAUCAUUUACAUCUAUUUCACUUCACCUACCAUAAAUAUAGCCGGCACAAACUCAACAUCACCUGAAUUCAAUGGCAGAAGCAGCGAAAAUUGAUCAACAAGCCUCUGCAAUCCCACACGUACUCGUCUUCCCACUCCCAGUUCAGGGUCACAUCACCUCCAUGCUCAAACUCGCCGAGCUCCUCUCCCUCGCCGGCGGCGGCGGCAUCCGGGUCACCUUCCUCAACUCCGACUACAACCACAAGCGCCUCCUCCAGUUCUCCGACGCCGAAUCCCGGUCCCAAAACUACCCCGGGUUCCGGUUCGAAACCUUCGACGACGGUCUUCCCAUGGACCAGCUCACCAAGGGCGAGAAGGUCUCCGAAUUGCUCGGAGAAAUGGACUCGAAAACCCGGCCAGUUUUCAAAAAUUUACUGGUUCAGAUCCAACCACCGGUCACCUGCGUCAUCGGAGAUGGCUCUUUGGGGUUCAUCAGCGACGUUUCAUUGGAAAUUGGGAUUCCGAUUAUUCGAUUCCGCACCAUCAGCCCCUGUUUCUUCUGGAUUAACUUCUGGCUGCCGGAAGUUAUCCAGGCCGGCGAGCUCCCAAUCAUAGGAGAGGAAGAUAUGGAGAGGCUGAUUACAAAAGUGCCAGGAAUGGAAUCUUUCCUACGGUGCAGGGAUCUACCCGGGUACUGCCGGGCAGGUACCGACGACCCGACCAUGAUUCAGGUCGUAAAGGCGACGAGAGAAUCUUCUUCACCGGCGUAUCCUCUCAUCCUCAACACGUUCGACGAUUUGGACGGCCCAAUUCUGGCCCGAAUCCGCCAACGCCUCCCCAAAACCUACACAAUUGGGCCGGCCCACGAACACCUGCAAUCACGGCUCGGGACGGCCUCAUCGUCCAGCAGUCUGUGGAAGGAAGAAGCGAGCUGUCUGACGUGGCUGGAUGCUCAGCCACCUGGCUCCGUGCUAUACGUCAAUUUCGGGAGCAUCACGAUGAUGAGAAGAGACCAAGUGAUCGAGUUCUGGGAAGGCCUGACCGGUAGCAAGAACCGGUUUUUGUGGGUCAUCAGGCCCGGUUCGGUUUGUUCAGGAGAGAUGGCUGAUGAUGUCCAGAUGCCUGAAGAGUUAGUUGAAGGAGUUGAGAAGGGGAAUUUGAAGGUCCUGGUGGGUUGGGCGCCUCAGGAAGCGGUUCUGGGUCACGAGGCGGUUGGUGGGUUCUUGACCCACAGCGGGUGGAACUCGACCCUGGAGAGCAUUGUGGCUGGCGUUCCGAUGAUCUGCUGGCCGUUUUUUGCGGACCAGCAAGUGAACAGUAGGUUUGUGAGUGAGGUUCUGAAGUUGGGUUUGGAUAUGAAGGAUGUCUGUGACAGAAGGGUCGUUGCGAGGAUGGUGAACGAGCUGAUGGUGGAGAGGAAGGAAGAGUUUCGGAGGAAGGCUGUGGAGAUGGCGAGAAUGGCGAAGGAGAGUGUCGAGGAAGGUGGAUCGUCGUACAGGAAUUUGGAGCUUUUGAUUGAAGAUAUCAAGCUGAUGAGUAGUUCUCAAGUGCAGGGGUUGGGGGAAAUUGGGAAUUAAUGUAGAAGCAACAUUAUGUUUCGGUGUAAACGAGAAAAGCAGUUUAAAAUUCAGCUACAUUGCCUCUUGCAGUCUUGCUGUAAUCUGUUCUGGUCACUAAAAGUAUACAGCUAUC